AUGAUCUCGGGUUAUGGAGUGACUCCACCAGAACACCAGGAGUUCCACCUGAAACGCCUUUGUCCCCACAACCGGGCGGUUUGGAGGCACCGGGCACCGCAGCGGGCGUGCAGCUCCAGAAGAGCCUUUCCCGUGAGGAGCAUGAGCCGAGCGGGCAGCGGGAGCCCCGGGGGCCGAGGGGGCCGAGGGGACCGAGGGGACCGAGGGCCAGCCCUGGUGCUGCUGGCGCUGGCGCUGGCGGCGCUGCCCGCGGCCGUGUCCGGCUGCAGCUGCGCUCCCGCGCACCCGCAGCAGCUGCUGUGCGAUGCUGCGCUCGUGAUCCGAGCAAAAAUAUCCAGUGAAAAGGUGGUUCCUGCCAGUGAUGAUCCCCUUGAUACCCACAAAAUGAUCCGGUAUGAAAUCAAACAAAUAAAGAUGUUUAAAGGAUUUGAAAAGCUCAAGGAUGUCCAGUAUGUCUACACCCCUUUUGAUUCAUCACUCUGUGGAGUGAAACUAGAAGCCAACAACAAAAAACAGUAUCUUCUAACAGGCCAAAUUUUAAGUGAUGGCAAAGUGCUGAUCCACUUGUGCAACUACAUUGAGCCGUGGGAUGAUUUAUCCUUGUCUCAGAAGAAGAGCCUGAACCAGAGGUACCAGAUGGGCUGUGGCUGCAAGAUCACCACGUGCUACAUGGUGCCCUGCUCCAUCACGGCCCCCAACGAGUGCCUGUGGACAGACUGGCUGAUGGAGAGGAGGCUCUAUGGGCACCAGGCCAGGCACUACGCCUGCAUCAAGAGGAGCGAUGGCACCUGCAGCUGGUACCGAGGGGGGCCUCCCCCUGAGAAGGAAUUCAUCGACAUCAGCGAACCCUGA